GGGGGCUGGUGGCAGAGGCAGCGAAAGCCCAGGCAGGACCCCCGGCCGCCCCGCCGUGCCCGGGGCAGCGCCCGCCGCGAUGUCGGCGCAGAGCCUGCUAAGCAGCGUCUUCUCCUGCUCCUCCCCGGCCGCCRCCGCCCCCGCCGCCGCCAAGAGCCUCUCCAAGCGGAGGCUCCGCCAGACGCGCAGCCUCGACUCCGCCAUCAUCGGCGGCGGCCGGGAGGACGGCGAGGGCGCGGGGCGGGCGCCGCGGGCGCGGGCCGCCGGCAGCCCCCCGGGGGAGCGCCGCGGUGUUCGGGGCGCCGCACCGCCCCACGGCGCCUCCUUCUCCACCCCCAGCACCCCGCUGGAGCGGUCGCCGCCGGGCAGCGCUCUCUUCGACGAGGAGAGCCUCCGCGGGAAGCGGAGCCCCGUSUGCGAGCUGCCCUUCCUGGCGCGCACCCCCUCGGCCCUGGCGCUGAGCGGCACCGCCAGCCCCGCCAACAGCAUCUUCUCCUCGCCCCGGCGCUGGUUGCAGCAGAGGAAGGGGCAGCCCUCGCCGCCCGAGUCGCGCCCCGCCGCCUACGUCGUGUGGAAAUCCGAGGGUGAUUUCACUUGGAACAGCAUGUCAGGGCGCAGCGUUCGGCUGAAGUCAGUUCCCGUUCAAAGCCUCUCAGAGCUGGAGCGUGCUCGGCUGCAGGAAGUGGCUUUUUAUCAGUUGCAGCAGGACUGUGACCUGGGCUGUCAGAUUACUAUCCCCAAAGAUGGACAAAAGAGGAAGAAGUCAUUAAGAAAGAAACUGGACUCAUUAGGAAAGGAGAAGAACAGAGACAAAGAAUUUAUUCCCCAGGCUUUUGGAAUGCCUUUGUCUCAAGUGAUUGCCAACGACAGGGCCUACAAGCUCAAGCAAGACUCUCAGAGAGAAGAGCAAAAAGAUGUCUCAGAUUUUGUGGCCUUUCUCUUGCCAUUUGGAACUAAAAGACAGAACAAAGAACUUUCAAGCAGUAACUCAUCUCUCAGCUCAACCUCAGAAACACCAAAUGAAUCCACUUCUCCUAACACACCUGAGCCAGCGCCGCGGGCAAGGAGACGUGGCGCGAUGUCUGUGGACUCUAUUACAGAUCUUGAUGACAAUCARUCAAGAUUGUUGGAGGCUCUCCAGCUCUCUUUGCCAGCAGAAGCCCAGAGCAAGAAAGAAAAGGCAAGAGAUAAAAAACUAAGCCUGAACCCUAUUUACCGGCAGGUUCCCCGGCUUGUAGAUAGUUGCUGCCAGCACUUGGAAAAGCAUGGUCUCCAGACAGUAGGAAUAUUCAGAGUUGGAAGCUCAAAAAAGAGAGUAAGACAGUUACGUGAAGAGUUUGACCGAGGCAUAGAUGUUGUAUUAGAUGAAGAGCACAGCAUUCAUGAUGUUGCUGCUUUGUUAAAGGAAUUUCUGCGUGACAUGCCUGACCCACUCCUCACCAGAGAACUUUAUACACCUUUCAUCAACACACUCUUAUUAGAGCCAGAUGAACAGCUAAGCACCUUACAGCUUCUCAUUUAUCUUCUACCUCCUUGUAACUGCGAUACCCUUCACCGGCUGCUGCAGUUCCUCUCCACGGUAGCUGGCCAUGCAGAAGACACCAGGGACAAGGAUGGCCAAGAGAUUACUGGGAACAAAAUGACAUCGCUUAACCUGGCCACCAUCUUUGGCCCUAACUUGUUGCACAAGCAGAAAUCUACAGACAAAGAAUUCUCGGUUCAGAGCUCAGCUCGAGCUGAAGAGAGUACUGCUAUCAUAGCUGUCGUGCAAAAGAUGAUUGAAAACUAUGAAGCCCUUUUCAUGGUUUCCCCUGAUUUACAGAAUGAAGUGCUUAUUAGCUUAUUAGAGACUGACCCAGAUGUUGUAGACUAUUUGCUGAGGAGGAAAGCUUCCCAGUCAUCGAGCCCUGAGAUGCUGCGGUCAGAAGGUUCCUACUCCACAGGAGAAAGACAUUCUUCCACAGACUCCAACAAAGCUUCCAGUGGAGAUGUUUCCCCUUACGACAACAACUCCCCGGUGCUGUCUGAGCGCUCGCUGGUGGCAAUGCCAGAAGAAGUUGCCCGCAGCCCAGAUAAGCUGUACAAGGUACCUGAGCAGUACACGCUGGUCGGACACUUGCAGCCUAAGCCAAAGGAGAAUUUUUCUGCAUCACAGGCUGGAAAAGAUGUUUCUGAAGAUCGUUUUGAUAUCUGGGGCACUUGGCAUUCAACGCUGAAAAGUGGCUGCAAAGAUCCAGCAAUGACAGGUUCUUACGGGAACAUUUAUGAAAGCAGCUUGCUGCGACCCGGACAGUGCUCUCUUUCCCAAGGGAACCUCGCCACGUGUUCCCCGCGGUGGCAGGGCAGCUCCUCGGACCUGGACAGUGGCAGGCAGGCCAUGCGAAGGAGCCAGACGACCGCUGCCAUUCCCGAGUGCCAGCUCCACCCCGUGUCUCGGCUGUGCAGUAACCCUCACGUUGAAGUGGGCAGCAGGAGUUCAGACCUGUCGCACUCCAGGUCGGARCAGCACUUGACUUUAAGCAGCGUGGAGGACCUCAGUGAGCGCGAUUUGAGCGCAGGUUGUUUGCAAAGCACAGCCAAGCCCUGCUACAGGAAAGAGCGGCCACCACCCCCUUACCCUGGCCCGGCAAAAACAAGCUCUGCCUUGCCACAGCGGCCGAGUGUUUCUUCAACGCUGCACUCUUUGUGGAGACUUCAGCGCCCAGACAGCAGUUCAGGGCCAAGAGCAGCUGCAGGGCCACCAGCCAGGGCCCCUGAGCAGGCCACCCCCAGGCAGGAGCAGCCARCCCCGCACACGCAAGCGGGUCACAACUAUUCCACAGCACCUCACAGCCACAACAGUAAAGGUGUUUCAGAGGCGGACUGGAACGAGUGGCAAAGGGAGAGGUGGCAGAUUUGGGAGCUGUUAUCAGCCGAUAACCCCGAUGCCCUCCCAGAAACCCUUGUAUGAUCUGACUCUGUGGAACUGCUGCUCAUACCCUUGCCUCCGUCUCAUAGGAAUGCCACGGUGACAUUGGAAAACAGGGAGGGCUUGUUUGUUUUAUACCGACUGAAUUGCAUAUACUUUUAAAAAACUUUGUUCACUUUAMUUUCUUAACAGCACUGUCAAGCAGUUAUUUUACAAAUCCAGUACGUUCCUGUUUUUCAGCAAGCUUUUGAGAAAAAACAAGGUGAAAACUUUAGUGUAAUAACUCUGUAUGCAUAUGCUGURUAUAAGAUAAAACUGUUGCUUUCAUGUUGCUAAAAAUGUAUUUAUAUAUCUGCAGUUUUGAUGAUUGUAUAUUCUGUAAUGGGUAUUGUAUGAUAAUCAUGUUAUGUUUUCAUAUGCAGAUGUCAAUCAAUCAUGACUGCUUUUUUUAAAAUCACUGCACUUACAUUACCAUGAUAUGCUUUGGAAUUCUAUAGAAAGUGCACAAGCUGGUUUCUGUGCUUUUAUAUAUAUAUAAAAAAAAAAGCUGUUAAAGGGGAAAGUUGUACUUCUUUUCACUGCCUAUUGAAAAACACUAAAAUAGAGUGAAACAUGAAAAGCCAUAUAUUUUAUAAGGGUAGUAGUGAGCUUAGRGGGGAAAAUACAAAAUAUUUUUUUCUUAAACAUAUGUUUGCAAAAAAAAUUUAAAUUUGAUACAAGAUUGUAAAAGUAUUUUUUUAGAUUCUGGUAGGAAGCAACUCAGAGAAUCAACUAAGAGCAACAUUGUGCCUAAACCAACUAAGGAUAUCGUGCAAAGUCUGCCCUCCCAUUCUAAAAGAAAACCGAUGUUAUAUAUGCAGGAUAUAAUAUAUAUAUUUAUAAGUGUAUGAUUUUAUGUAUUGUUUUAAAACAAUAAACUGGAAUCCAAAUUUUAGAAAACCAAACCUAAUAAAUUGAGAUGCGUAACACUGAAAAAGAAUAUGGCUUUUCCUUUAAAAUAACAAAGCUCCAGCAUUAAGAAAGAAAGUUAGAGAAAGGAAAAAAAUGCAGACAGACACAUGAAAGGGAGUCAAACAGAGUUUCAGAAAUGAACAUGACAUUUGGAGAAACUCACAACUGCAUUUCUAUAAAUAUUGUGCCAAAGUCUGGGUCAGUCACACUUCCUCAGUAGCUGUAUGUUGCAUUCUGUUAAAUGUUGCUCUUUUAUACUCGUUGUUUUUCAAUUGCAGUGCCGUUUGUGGGCAGCGGGUGGCAAUGUACUGCAGUGUUCCAGAGAAAUUCCRUCUUAACACUCCAUAAGGGAAAGUGUAUCAUAUCGAAAGAAUUUUAUAAAACAUAGUAGUCUUAAUUUUAAUGAAUUCAGUGAUGUUGUCUUUAAGUUCUAUCUUGUGCCAUAAUGAUGGAAUAAAAAGCUAAGUAAAAGAACGAGCAUAUUUUUUGCUCCUUUUUGUUUUUUGAAGUAAGGUAUAUGGGAAAUUGAUGUGGUUUUAAUACAUUCUUGAAUAUCCCUGUCAGAAACAUCUAAAAGGCUUAGGAGCUUAAGGACCUUCAACUUAAAUAUCCAAGAGUCAAGGUUUUACUUUAGUUUGAGGCAUAAAAUCCAUCAUAUAAAAAGUCUUCCCCUCAAAUCUCAAUUUCUCAUCUUAUCUCCUUUUUGCAAGUAAAGUUAUAAGAUAAAAGCACCAAGCCAAGUAAAAAGGGGUAGGAUUUGGUCUUUGACUCUUGUAGCUCUUUUUAUUCAGAAUAAAUAUYCUCUUCUGGUAGUUGCAAGGUUUUUCCAAAUACCCUCAUAAUAUGAAAUUUGAUAGGAACGGUUUCUUGGGUGUCCCUUG